UCAGAGGCAACUACGCUAUCUUGUCACACACUCAGCAUCACCACCAGCAGCCGGAGUGUGUGUUGUGCGCAGGCAGAGCUCCAGUGGUUAGAGUGUGAAGAUAGCCUGUUUGAUUACAGGAGUUCCACACUAAUUCCCGUGCAGCUCGUACCAGCUCAGUUCAGCCUGUUCCCACGACAACCUUGAUCUCGCCUCGCUCAGCCAUCACUAUGAAUGUCUUCACCUCCCUCACUUCCCCCUCCUCGUGCCCCCACUUGUACCACUUACCCAGUUACCCCAACAACACCACCAUAUCAGACAACACCACUACAGACACUGGGAUCAGCCAUGUGAUCUUGCGGCAUUACAACCACACCGGCCGCCUGCAGAACAGGACCAUCUCAAACGCCCAGAGCCACAUCAGUGCCGUCACGGCUGUCUUCCUCGUCUUCAGUAUUUUCAUCAUCCUGGAGAAUCUCCUGGUGCUGGUGGCCGUCAUCUCCCACAUCCGCCACAGCCGGCGCUGGGUCUACGUCUGCAUUGCCAACAUCACACUCAGUGACCUUCUCACCGGCGCUGCCUACGUGGUCAACAUCUGUUUGUCUGGCAGCCAGACGUUUCGCCUCACCCCUGCUCUGUGGCUCUUCAGGGAAGGGAUGCUGUUUGUGGCACUGGCAGCAUCCAUAUUCAGUUUGUUGCUGAUUGCUGUGGAGCGUUACACCGCUAUGAUGAAGCCACUGCCACAGAAAUCAGCCAGGAAGAGCUACUACAGGAUCUACGCCUUGGUGGCACUCUGCUGGGUUUUGGCGCUUGUGAUCGGCUUCCUCCCCUUGCUGGGCUGGAACUGUAUGUGCAGCCUGGACGGAUGCUCCACCCUCCUCCCUCUCUACUCCAAGACCUACAUCUUUUUCUCUCUCAUCAUCUUCUUCCUCAUCCUCCUGGCUAUUGGCGUGCUCUAUAGUGCCAUCUACUGCCACGUGCACCAGAGUGCACAGCUGGGUCCCCACCGCAGCCGCAAGCGCUCCUUACAACUGCUUAAAACUGUGAUCACCAUUGUUGGGGUCUUUAUGGUCUGCUGGGGGCCCCUGUUUCUGCUGUUACUGGUGGAUUUCUUCUGUGUCUCCCGCCAGUGCGCACUGCUUUUCAGCGCCGACUUUUGCAUCUCCCUGGCUGUCCUCAACUCUGGCGUGAACCCCAUCAUCUACGCCCUGGGCAGCAGUGACAUGAGGAAGGCUAUCGCUGAGCUGCUAUGCUGCUGCUGCGUGAGGUCUGGCCUCUGUCACCCAGACACAUUCACAUCCAAGGACACCAGCAGCACCUCCGAGAGCAGGAGAGACAGUCUGAGGAACAGUUUUAAUAAGGUCAGGAAUCUGAGUGUGGCCUCCCCACCAUCAACUCCUAGCAAGCCUCGCAGGGCACCCAAAAAAUAUAGGCUGAGCUCCACCACCAGCUGCCUGUCAGUUUCAAGUGGUUAAACCACAAUGUGAUCCCCUCCCAGGCAAACAUGACCUGUGUGCACUGAUACACAUCUAACUGUUUCCUCUGAGUUUUGGUUUGAAUGUUCAGUGCUCUGCCAGAAGGCACUUGCACUGAUGAUUACACACUGUCAGAAAACCAGCUGAAAAUAUGAAUUUAUCCUUAAGUUUGCAAUCAUAUCACAAAGAGCAGUUACUUUUUAAGCAUUCAUUCAGAUAUUCAUUUCAAUGCCUUUUACAUUAUGACUAUAUUGAUUUGUUUUUGUACUGUAUUUUUUUGUAAUAUGUAUUGCAGAUUAUAAACAAGAACAAGUAUCUACAUAAGAAGUAUUAAAAUGCAAAAUGGAAAAAAAUAUGUAUAUAUGUGUAUUGCAUUGCACUGUAACAUUUUGUGUAAGCCUGAUGUUUUAUUGUAGAAACAGACAACUGAGAAAAAUAUAAAUAAAGUUUUUAUUUUGCUUUAAAUGCAA